AGCAUCAUUGUAAACGGUUCUAGUGGCGGCGCGCCGCUAGAUGAUACACGGUUGUGAUUCAUUUUGUGAUGCGGAAAUGUAAAAGUUUCGCAUUGAGAAGAAAAAAAUCAACAUUGACUAGCGUACAUCGUUAGUCAAAGAAAAGGAAACAAAACGGAUCGUGCGAUUUCGUCGAGAGUUUCUGUCAAGAUAAAUGUGAAACAGGAUGACACUCGUGGUUUGAGCAAAGAUCUCGAUCUCGUGUGUGCAGCCUGCCAGUCGCGACAUGGCGGGUUUUCGAGACGAGGAUAAGGCUCUAUUUCCUAUUCAGAGCAUCUCCUCGAUUGUACGAAUCUUCCAAAAUCAAUUACAAAAUAGCUCAGAACCGGACUUGGCUUUGCUCUCAAUUCUCGUCGGCGCAGUUGAAAAUUCCCUAACCUGUAAUCGAACAUUUGCGUCGCAGGAGACCACUGUUUAUGACGAACCGAAAUUACCGGCCGUUGAGUUUCACAUUGCUGAAGCUCUUUACACCAAGUUUCAUGCAGUGAUUAAGGGUGCAGUUGAUCUUACGGUUUAUGAUACGAAAUAUGCAACUCGAGAGCUCGUUAAAAAAGUAUCAGACGUUAUUUGGAACUCUCUUACCAGAAGCUACUACAAAGAUCGCGCACACUUACAAAGUCUUUACAGCUACCUCACAUCAAAUAAAUUAGAUUGUUUCGGAGUAGCCUUUGCAGUGGUUGCUGGUUGUCAAGUGUUGGGAUUUAAAGAUGUACAUUUGGCUAUGUCUGAGGAUCAUGCUUGGGUAGUUUAUGGUGAAAAUGGAACUGAAACUGCUGAAGUUACCUGGCAUGGAAAAGGAAAUGAGGAUAAACGUGGUCAACCAGUUGAACCUGGAGUAGCCUCUCGAUCAUGGUUAUAUGUGAAUGGACAAGCUGUUGUAUGUUCUAGAGCUAUGGAAGUUGCUACUAUAGUAUCUGCUAUAAAUCCUAGUUUAAGUGCAACUUCAGAUGCAGCUGAAGUAGCAUUACUUCAACAGGAAUUAUUAUGGUUGUUGUACGAUUUGGGUCACCUUGCUAAAUAUCCUAUGGCUCUUGGUAACCUUGGAGAUCUUGAAGAAGCAGCACCAACUCCGGGCAGGCCUCCUGCUAUAGAUCUCUUUCAGGAAGCAAUUCGUUCGGCAAGAAAAUAUUAUGGAAAUGCUCAUGUUUAUCCAUAUACUUAUCAAGGUGGUUAUCUAUAUAGGCAUGGAUUACAUGCCAAUGCAUUAUCAUCAUGGGCAGAUGCAGCAGAUGUUUUAAGAAAGUAUGAUUAUUCAAGAGAUGAUGGAGAAAUAUACAAAGAGUUAUUAGAAAUAGCGAACGAACUUAUACCGCAUACAGUACGAGCUGACGAACGUUUGUUACGACAACCACGUUGUUUCGCUUAUUUGUUGAGGUUUUACGAUGGUAUUUGUCAAUGGGAGGAAGGAGCGAACACACCCGUUUUACAUAUAGGAUGGGCACGACCAUUGGUAAACACUAUUUCAAAAUUUGAUGCCAGUAUUCGCGCUCAGGUAAUUAUCGAGUGUUACGAUGUAGAAGCGAAACAGGAAGAGGAGAAAUCACAAAAGAGAGAGACCAGUCCAGAAGAGACAUUAAACAAUAAUAACAAUAAUUAUUGUAAGACUAAAGAAAGAGGCAAUGCAGCUCGCGAUUUGAUCAAAAGUUUAGAAUCAAAAGUGCCGUCUAAUCCAGCACCGAUGCAUCCUAGUAUUCAAGCAUUGACUGCAGCAUGUAGCGAAAAGAUACUUAACAGAGAUUAUCUAUUACAAGGUGGCGGAGAACCGUUCGUUGCUCCGUCAGAUGGUACUUUGCCUCCCGCACCUUCCACUUCUCAGGAGAAUCUUGAUCCUGAGGAUGAAACUGAUUCUGAACACGAAAGACCAAGGAUAACGUUAUACAGUCAGAAGAUGAAAGGUUUAAAAGACUUGUUGCUGGCUGAGAAAUUAAACACACAUGCGAUUUCAUUGCAAUUAACCGCACAGAGCCAGGUACAAAUUGGCAAAAAAUCUCGUGGUACCGAUGAGGUUGGAGUUAGUCAGCGUCCAAAGAGGACACGUCGCGAAUAGUAUAAGAUUUUCGACCGACGUUUCGGUAUCGUAAAAUAUUGAACAGCAGUAGUGCCACUGGAUUCGUUUAGGUCGGAAAAGGUCCGUAACGUGCGAAUGCAUAUACUGAAAUGUAUUCCAUGUAUCGUUGAAAUCUCAAUCUUUUCUCACGGUUUCCUUCGGUUUUGAGUGAAUUUCUGAUUCAAGAUUCUCGCAUAUUCAUGGAUUUGUUAGGAUAUGCGGAUGAUAUGAUGAUGAAUUUGUUUCCGUUUAAACUAUCUCUCGUGCGGAACGAUUCCGACGCUCGAUUAUCGCGCGAAUCCUUACGAAAAUACGUUCGCGUGAUCCUUGGGACGUAUUAUCGUCAUUAGAUGUAAGUGAAAAGUAGAUGCGAAAAAAUUUAUAGAAGAGUACAAAAAGAUUUUCUCGAUUUUAAGUUAAAUAUCGAAAUCGUGAGUGCUUGCGUUUUGUAUUUUCGCGAUGAAGAUAUAUUUACGUGUAAAAAAAUGUCUUUUCUCUUCCACGGUACGUAGAGCUGUGAGUAUAUGUAUAUGUAUAUGGGUCGGGGGGAGGGUGAGAUAGUAGGAAAGAGGAUGUGGGGCCAGAUGGUCGUUGGGCGGAAAUAGAAAGACGAAUCGAACCUAAUGUACCUAAUGUAUCUUCGCGAGGAGAUCAGAUUCUCAGCACAGUUAUUUAUUCUAUGACGACUAUUCUAUAACGACAAUUAUCGACGGAAUCGAUCAGUUUCGAUCUCGUCUUUUAUCCUAUUUCUAAUCUCUUGUUGCACCCUUAUUUAUUGACCCACGUGUUUUUAUCGAACUGUCGCACUUCGAAUUAUUACAACUAACAAGUUGUCGUUAAUGUUUUUUACACGGUAGUUAAACCUUCUGUUAGACGUACGCUUUUACAAUCUAGUAAGAGAGACCACACAUUCCACUCCGUACGUGGUGCAAACUAAUUAAGUUUUUACCUAAGGUAUUUUAAGCAUAAAAUGCUCGCUUAUUUUUAUAACUAUUUAUUUUCAGAGUAAUUAUAAGUAUCUACUAUUAGAAUUAUUCUUUCGCCACUCGAUAGAUAGAACAGAUCAAACAUAGAUAGUCUACCGAAACGUAGUACACAAUAUUGGACAUUAUAAUUCGUAACGGUGUGUUUCACAGUAUAUCAUGGAAUGAAUUACGAUAACUCAUUAAGUUUUGAUCGCGAAAUGGGAAACGAUACGUAUUUGUUACGUACGAAGUUCCUCCAUGUUUUUCGCGGCAACGUACAAAUAAUUCUUUCUUCCGAAAUAAGUAUUGUUUACCGCUGAAAAGAACUCUCGCGUGGCAGCACGGAGGCAAGAGGUGUCCUUCGCCUAUCCCCACUCUUAACGUUCUUGGAGACCACGCGUUUAGUCUUCUAAUAUCGCACACUACAAGAGAUUUCCCUUAAAAAUUGUGAAUAGAAGAAUUGUACAAAUAAGAUAUAAUUAUUUUCGAUUAUGAAAUUGAAGAGAUUGCAUUUCAUCAAUAGAAUUAUCCUAUUAAUCGGAAUAUUAGUAUAUAUGUCCAUGUUAAUAAAUAGUAGAAACAUACUAGAAAUAAAAAUUGUGUGAAAAUAGGCGUUCCCCUUCUACUUUGACCAAUCAGAAACCGCAUUCCUUCCGCGGUAUUCUUUUCAGCAGUGAACAGUACGCGUCACUCGUUUCCGUGCGUGUCAGAAACUGAAGGAGAAGGACUGUUGUCAAUUGUUUUUCCUCGGCAAAUUUUACCGCGCUUGUUUUCUUCAAUUACGAAUUACUAUGUUAUAUCGCUUUAUUGCCCUUCAAUUUGAUGACAGUAUUUUGCAAAAGAAUAUCGAUACACGCUGGUACGUACGCGUGAUACUAGGCGGAGUCAUUGAUUAAUCGCUUUUAUCGAGCACACAGUACCUUUCUACGAUUUUAUUUCUCCAAUGCUUAUCCCUGUGUACAGGUGUACUUUUAUGAACACGAUACGAAUCGAAUACUAUAAUAAGAAGAAUAAUUGCAUCGAUUAUCGAUGCGAAAAGAAAUUAUUCGAUGAUGUUUAGACGGAUUGUUGUAAUGUAUGUUGUUAACUGGAAUGAAUAUAAAACAGGUCCGAAACACAGAUCGAGGAUCACUUAAAUAAUGAAGGGCGCUAUCUUACUGUGAUGCUGAAUAUAUAUUAUACAUAUAUACAUAAAUAUAUGUAUGUUUGUGCGUAUGUGUUUAUCUAUAUACACACAUGCACACAUUCGCACAUAUAUGUAUAUAUAUACACAUAAUUAUACAAUUAAUACUUGUAGUAUUAUAAUUAACGGAUGACUUGGCGCCGGUAAGGUUUCACUCUUGGGCUUGAAAUCUUGUAUUUGCGGUGCCGAAUUGUAAUUUUUA